CACGCACUUUACUAAAAACAACCCGCGGCCAUGUCUGAGAGGAGUCAUAUGUUUUUAAAGUUCAGGACAGAAGAUCCACAGACAGGAUGAUCUACAUCAUAAUGGGAGUCUCAGGCUGUGGAAAAAGCAACUUGGCGGCACAUCUUUCAGAAAAGCUGGGCUGGAUACUGCAUGAAGGGGAUGAUUUCCACCCACAGGAGAACGUUGAGAAGAUGGCUCAGGGUGAGCCGCUCACAGAUGAGGACAGAUUUCCUUGGCUCCUGCGACUACAUGAAGUAAUUCAGAGAGAAAGAUGCUCAGGCUCAGAUGCUCUGGUGACGUGCUCCGCCCUGAAGCGUCUCUACAGGCAGAUCAUGCUGCACGGCUCCAGAGCCUUCGACCACGACAUCCUGCCUCCCGUCGCUCCCGAUGUCUUUUUCCUCUUCCUACAUGGGGACUACAGUCUCAUUCACCAGAGGAUGGUGGCCCGCAGGGGACAUUACAUGAAAGCCGACCUGCUGCGCUCCCAGUUUGAUGCCUUAGAGCCUCCGCUGGAUGAAGAGAAUGUGUUGUCUCUGGACAUCAGCAAGAGCAUCACUGAUCUAGGCUCAGAGGUCGAGCAGCACAUUAUCGGCCUCAAGUCGUCCCCAGUGGUGCUGUAAUCACCACAGACAGACAGAGAGGUCAUAAUCAUCAUCAUCAUCGGGUCGGUCAGUUCCUCUGCCACUUUGGUCCAGACUGAAACAUUUGAUCAGCUAUUGGUUGCAAUUCCAUGAAAUACUAUUCAAACAUUCAUUGUGCCAACAGGAUGAAGCGGUAUUGACAAUGGUAAUUCUCUGAUGAUUCCUCUAGUGCCACCAGCAGGUUAUGCUUAUCAUUUUCUCAGUGAAAUACCCAAACAUCUAUUCUCUCGAUCUGCACAAAAUGUAGUGCAGGCAGUCACGGUUCCACGAUGAUUGAAUGUAAUCAAAUUUUUUGAUUGGAAAUUAUGACAUUUUAAGUACAGUCAUAUAUUUAUUGACUAGUCACUUCACAUUCUACAGAAAAUGAUGCUUUUAUAUGAAAUUACUUUCGUAUGACUUUGUUUCAGUUGGGUUUGGAUGACAAGUAACUGACAGGAAAAUCAGGAUCCGGCAGAAACUCAUGUUGUUUUAGCAUUUCAGCUAACACUGAUCUUUGGGUUUAAUUGUUUUACCAUCAUAGGUUUCUUACCCAAUUGUAAAAACUUGUGGAAUAGUUUGCAGCUUUGCUGAAGAUCAGAUUAGUUUAGUAUCAAGCGACAGUUUUUAUAUCAUUUUAUAGUCUGUCAAAGCAACUUUCAUGCUCUGACAUAGAAUCUAACUAAUCUAACAGCACAAUAGAACAGGGUGGAAUGAUUAAAGGGGGUUAGAUUAACCAGCUUCCUGCUACACAUCACUGAGAGGCUGGUUUGACUCUUCUCACAACAUCAUGUAGUUUCCAUAUGAACGGUCACUUCAGGUCAGAGCUUAUUGAUCCUCAUUUUAAGAAGUGACCAUUAGCACAGUCUCUCCCCCCCCCCCCUUAACUCAGCACUGCAGAGCUGUUUUUGUUGGUGUGACUCAUCUUCAAACCUCAACUCGAAUAUUUUAGGAGCUUCUAAUCCAGAAAACCCCCCCUGGCUGCUCUCGUAUCUCACACGUCCAGACGAACCGCCGCACAUACACACACUGCAACACACACACAACACUGGAGAUUAAAACCCCCUCAACAGACGCACACAGGUUGUCAAGUGGAUCACACACACACAUAUCUGAUGUUAUCGUAAGCGUCUUGUGUGUCAGUUACUCCACAAGGUCUCCGAGAGCGAGGACACAAAGGUAGGAAUCAAAUAAACCGAGAGCAGUCCUCACACUACCACACACUCUUUUUAUUAUUAUUAUAUUAUCACCAGUGGAUAUGACUUGUGAUGUUAGUUUAAAUGAAUUAACCACAUCACAGUUGUUAUGUAAAGGUAAUUUAAGUUAUUAUAAACUGCACCCUUUACACAGCCAUAGAUGAGAUUUGUUUCAGAUUAGAACGAUUAUGUUUUGUAGCUUCAUAAUUCCAACCAUACAAAUCAAAACAACUGCUAUUACUGAAGUCCAGUGCCCCCUGGUGCUUAUAGUUAUAAUGUUCAAGCUUCAAUAGAAAAUCAUUCUAAAAUCAUUCUGAUUUGAGGGGUUUUCAUUGAAGGGCAUAAAAUAAUUGACAUUACACUACUCAUAAUUUAUCUGUGUUUUAUAAAUGACUGCGUUUUUAUCAAUCAAGAUGGCAGACGUGUUGGUUUUCGACUCUAUUGUCUUUAGUAAGACUGUCGGGUGACGCUGUGGAUCUUUACACCAACUCUGGAUACAACAUUAUAGAUUUUUAAAUGAGGAUUUCUUCAUUGCCUCUGUUUUAUAUGAAAAGAAGUGGAGGUGGCUGUAAGAUUAGAUUUUUACUGAUUAAUAAACAAUAUAAAAACUCA